AAGAACGAGGUGUUGAGGCUGGCGCGCGAGCAACGGAGGGGGGUGGGCCACUCCCCCGAGGACAGGGCCGAGAUGGAGACCGCCGUCGACGCGCUCAUCGCGUCGAGGGGGAACGUCGGGAGGGCCAACACGCGCGCCACGGUUCUCACCGCCGACUGGAGGCUGGCGUGGACCAGCGAAAACGAGACUUUGUUUCUGCUGGAGAAGUUCCCGGGCGGCGGCGACGACGGCGGGGCGCCCAUCACCCAGGCGUACCAGCGCAUAGACGUCGACGCCGGGACCCUACGCAACGAGGUGGUCUUCUCCAACGGCAACACCUUCGUGGUGGACAGCGUCAUCGAGGUGACGGACGAGACGAGGGUGGAGUUUCGGUUCACUAAAGCGGCGCUCAACCUUUUAGCGCCGACGGAGGCGUCCCUGCCUCUCCCGCCUUUCGGCCGGGGAUGGUUCGACAACGUGUACGUGGACGGGGAACUGCGGGUGGCGAGGGAUAGCAGGGGCGACACGCUCGUGGUGGUCAGG